AGUGAAUCGCACAAAAGAAGUUCGGAUCGAUAAGUCGCGGAGCGCGGGCUAAAUCAAGCCGUCAGCAGCUCCACAUAGAAUUCAACGACGACUGUCGAAACCCUCGAUUUACUCAACGCUACCAAUAAAGCACCUCACCUAAGCUUGGAUAUCUAAUCUCAAUAUGCGUCGCAACUUCAAAAUUUUCAAUUGCCGCCCUAGCCUCCGUGCUCGCGCUCCCCCGCACAUCAACACCUCAUAUCCUCGCGCUGAGUCAACCCAAGCUUCCCGCAUCGAUCGCAUCACAUCUAAGCUGCCUCGACGUUUACAAAGAUAUACCAGCGGUUUACGCAACGCUCCAGUCUCGCACAUUGUUUCAUUCUUGAUCCUCCACGAAAUUACAGCGAUUGUGCCGGUGCUAGGGCUAUUUGGUCUUUUUCAUUACACCAAUUAUGUGCCAGUGGAAUACGUAACGGGCCACUUUGGAAGCUAUGUCGAAGAUGGAGUUGGCCGAUUUGAGAGGUACUUCACACGUAAGGGGUGGUUUGGUUUCGGUCAGAACGAAGACGGCGAGGCCUCAAAUGCGGCUACAACACACCCGGACUCCAAAUCUGAGGACGCCGUGGAGCGCUGGCAUCGUGGAGAUGGGCGGUACAAAGUGGUAGUUGAAGUUGCUCUCGCGUACGCAAUCACUAAGGCUUUACUGCCGGUUCGUAUCAUCGGCAGUGUAUGGGCUACGCCAUGGUUUGCCGGGAUACUCAUGAGAGCCAAAGGAAUAUUCACAAGCAAACCUUAAGUCACUUUGAAAUCGAGCACGAAGGGUUUGAGAAGAUUUUCUGUCUUGAUUUUUGUUAUACCCACAGAGAUGAACUCAUCCCACUUGUAUGUGCUUUUUCCACUCCGUCAUUCAGGGCGUUACAACAUCGAAAAUUUAAGCCUUCUCGUAGACCCAGUUGAACUGGGCGGACUUCCAGGAGACGACCUCGCCCUCCUUGAACCAGAGAGCAAUCUCCUUCUGGGCGUUCUCGACCGAGUCGGAGCCGUGGCAGACGUUGCGGCCGACAUCGAUGGCGUAGUCACCACGGAUGGUACCGGGGGAAGAGGCAAGGGGGUUGGUGGCACCGAGGAUGGCUGAAUGUGCAAUUAGAAAGUGGAAAGAAAUAGUCAAUGAUUGGAGACUUACCACGGCCAGUCUUGACAGCAUCACGGCCCUCCCAGACCAUGGCGCAGAUGGGGCCAGAGUUCAUGUCUAGAUGAAAUUAGAUUUGCUUGUAUCAAUUGGAUUUGGAAGCCAUACACUCAAUCAGACCAGGGAAGAAGGGCUUGCCAGCGAGAUCGGCAUCUAUAACGAUGUUAGGGCGAAUUGAUAUAUCGAACGACUUUUGGGGAUGACGCACAGUGCUUCUCGAGGUGCUCCUUGCCGGGGGUGACGAGCUUGAUGGCAGCAAGCUUGAAGCUGUAAAAAGUUAAUAGCUAUAGCAACAACGGCAGACAAAACUACUCACCCUCGGUUCUCGAAUCGAGAGAUGAUGGGACCAACG